GUCUGUCCCAAACUAUCGGCAUAAGGGAAGCUGGGUAAUUCCGUCCUUCCUUUCCGGCUGCCGAGCCAUCAGUGUAAGCCAGCAUGGGUGCCUACAAGUACAUGCAAGAGUUAUGGAGGAAGAAGCAGUCAGAUGUGAUGCGCUUUCUUCUGCGUGUCCGCUGCUGGCAAUAUCGCCAGCUUUCCUCCCUCCACCGUGCCCCACGUCCCACCCGUCCAGACAAGGCUCGUAGACUUGGUUACAAGGCCAAGCAAGGUUAUGUUAUUUACCGUGUUAGAGUUCGCCGUGGAGGCCGCAAACGCCCCGUGCCCAAGGGUGCCACCUAUGGAAAACCUGUGCACCAUGGUGUGAACCAACUCAAAUUUGCUCGUAGCCUCCAGUCUGUUGCUGAGGAACGUGCUGGUCGCCAUUGUGGAGGGCUGAGGGUGCUCAGCUCUUAUUGGGUGGGUCAAGACUCCACCUACAAGUUCUUUGAGGUUGUUCUCAUUGACACAUUCCACAAGGCAAUCAGACGCAACCCAGACACCCAAUGGAUCACAAAACCAGUGCACAAGCACAGGGAGAUGCGUGGGUUAACAUCUGCUGGCAAGAAGAGCCGUGGUCUUGGAAAGGGCCACAAAUUCCACCAAACUAUUGGUGGUUCUCGUCGUGCUGCCUGGAGAAGACGCAACACACUUCAGCUCCACCGUUAUCGUUAAACUGGGAUUGUACUUGUAAAUUUGACAAUAAAAUAGUCUCUGGACAACGAA